GACGGAAUUGUGCCAAUCGAUUUGCGAACUAAAACAGUCUUCCAAUCUAUAAAUGAGCUAUGAAGCUUUGCCUGGUGAUUGCAGCAGCCGUGGCAAUUGCCACGUGCUACGCUCUUCCUGUGCCGAAGGAAGAAGUGUUUGCCGUCUACCCUGUAAACAGUGCUCUGGCGCAGCAUUCCAGUGAUCUGCCCGUUGAAACCAAACCCGAACAAGUAAACAGCCCGGCAGAAGGUUCAUCGUCGAAAGUUGCCGUUGACGAAAAGAACGUAGCGGCAACGAAAUCGACCGAUGCAACACCGGUGGAAAGCAAGCCAGAGGAACUUAAAACUGUCCCGGAAAAGUUGAACGAGCAAGCCUCAGCUAGUAAAGAAGUCGAAAAGACAGUUAGUCCUGCUGCAGAAGUGAAGUCUGCUCCACUGAAAGAAUCCACCGAUGCAAAGCCCGAGGACACUCCUGUCACUGUUCCUUCUACUGAUGUCCUUCCAACAACUGCGCCGGUUAAAGAUGUAGCGCGACUUGAAGUAUCCGAAUCUGUUGUAGCUGCCGAACCGAAAGUAGAAGUUCCGCAGACUUUAGCUGCACAACCUAAUCUGACGGAGAAACAACCGGAUAGGGUUGAGAAGGGUUUGAACGAAGAAACUAAAGAUGAGGAAAAAGCAAAGGAUUCCACGGACAAAUUGGUGUCGAACGUAAAAACAGAAGAGAAAAAGGAGAAAAGUGUAGAAGUCAAAACGCCCGAAGUGCCGGCGGUAGCUGUGGAAAAGUCCGAAAAAUUGACCGAAGAGCCUAAGGCUGAGGCAAAGCCAGAACCGUCUCAGGCUCGUGCUACAACGAGUGAUCUCCCUGUGGACCAAACCAAGACGGAUGUAAAGCCAGAAGUAAAGGUUGCCGAACAGGUUGUCGUAACUGUUGCCGUCGAGCCAGCGGAAGAAAAGAAACCGGUAGUGGAAGAGAUUAAGGAAUCUAGUGCAUCUAGUGUCCCAGAGGUCAAAUCCGUUACCGCUGCAGUUGCUCAGCAAACCACAUUGGCUGCCAACGACCCUGAACCGCAAACCGAAGGCAAAGAUGAAACCAAACCCACCAAAGUUCGCGCUGCGCCAAUUGUGGAAGGGCUGAAGGUAUCGCAACCGGUUGAAGCAGAGCCUGCCGUUACCAAAAUUCACGUUACAGUCAUUCAGGAAGAGGUUGAGCUUGACAGCAAGAGUGCGGCGCAGAAGGAAGGCGCAGUUCAAAAUGAUGCCCCAACGACGGAAGCGGCGGAUAAAAGUACAGAAGCUGCAACUACUACAACUUCUGCUACGCCUGAGAAGGUAGUAAAGAGUGAUGAAGCGGCUGUGGAGAAAGCUUCCAAAGAUAAAGACGAAGUUACUGGCAGUCCUAGUGAGGUUAAGAGCGUUGAGGCUGUUGUCGAAACUAAACCAGAGAUGGUGAAACCGACCGAUGCCAGUAAGGAAGAAUCCUCCGUACGCGCGGCCACUACGGAAACUGUUGUGGUUGUUGUACCCAGUGUUGAUGAGGAAGACGUAACCACUGUUGUUGCAGUGGCUGAGAACACUGAGAAGCCUGUCGAGAAGGUUGCUGAAGCAGCACCAACUGUGGUGGUACUUGAUGUUCCCGCGCCAGAAGUUCGUUCAACAGAUCCAACGGAGAAGGAUGCAGUGCCGGCAAGCAGAGCAAAAGAAGAGGAAAAGCUGGCAAAAGUCACCGACGGGAGUUCUCAGCCGGGUGCAGGUGACCGCUCGGACGAUACCGUCAAGGAAGAAGCUAAGGAUCAGAGUGACAGUCUCAGUACAACCGUAAGCAGCGUCACGGAACUGGACACCACCACCGUUAACCCCGUUACUACCACGGAACCCGAGCUCGUACCAACACCGGCGAAGCAGAAGGCCAAGAAGCAGGUUCCGCCAAACCUUAAAGGAUACAGCAAACGUUUAAAGCUGCAGGAAGCGCAACGAAAACAAGGCAGUGACAAUGAGUAACCGUAGUCCGGUUAGCCGUUGGCAGCUACCGCUAAUAAUUGCAGAUAAUGCAGCUCAAGGAAGCAUCAA